AUGAAGCCACCAACGUCACCACCGGCAAGAGCUGCCAUGUGCAGACAAACUUUACGACAGUCUUACGUAGCAACGAGCACAAGAUACCCGCCACCACCAGAAGGCGCAAUAGCGUCGAACAGGAUUAGCCUGCGCCCGCAUGAAGCGGUAACGCAGAGACAGUUUUUGAAUGAUAGUUACAUUAUAGUUCAAUGUACUUAUAGGAGAUUUGCCGUCGUUUAUGACUUGUACCACUAG